AUGAAGUGGUCCGAGCUGGCCCUGUUGGCCCUGGGGCCAUGGGGAGCACUGGGGCAGGUGCUGCAAUGGCACAUUUCCAAGCGUCCCGAGCUGUCUCGACUUCGCCGCCGCGACGGUUCCAGCUUUGACAGCUCCAUCAAUAAUAACUUGGACGAGGGAGGCUACUUUGCCACCGUCAAGAUCGGCUCCCCCGGGCAGGAGCUUUCGCUACAGCUUGACACGGGCAGCAGCGAUGUAUGGGUACCGUGGAGCGGUGCGAAAAUAUGCCAAGAUCAGGCAGAUGGAGGCUGCCCCCUCGGAAGCUGUAUGCUCGCCGCCUCACCCUCCACUGAGUUGUUUCCCGGGUCCCGUCAGUCCAACACCUUCGAUGAUGUUGGCGAGAACCUCUUCAGCAUUCAGUAUCAGGACAAGGAUUUCGCCAAGGGCGACUACUUCACUGAUCGGUUUCAGAUCGGCUCGGCCACCCUCGACAACUUGACAAUGGGACUUGGCACCUCCACUUCGGUUCCCUACGGACUCAUCGGCAUCGGCUAUGUCAAUAACGAGGCGUCGCUGCAGACCACCAAAGAGACAUACCCAAACCUGCCAGUCGCUUUGCAACAAGCCGGCCUGAUAAAGACUGUUGCCUACAGCCUGUGGCUGAACGAUCUGAGCUCCAGUUCUGGCAGCAUACUGUUCGGUGGCAUUGACACGGAAAAGUAUGUUGGCGACCUGGCUACCUUACCGGUCCUGCUCAACAAGCGAGCAGACAACUACACAGAGUUUGCCGUCUCGCUGUACUCGGUCGAGGCCUCCAGCAGCAGCGGCAGCGACACGCUAACAUCUUCACAACUGCCCGUGAGGGUAGUUUUGGACUCGGGCACCUCACUGACCUACCUGCCCCAGGACAUGGCAACUCAGGUAUGGGCCGAGGUGGGCGCCGUGUGGGACUCCACCGUCAACGCCGCCGUCCUGCCCUGCUCCUUUGCCAACCAUGAUGGCCACUUCUCUUUUGUUUUUGCCGGGCCAAAGGGGCCUCGUGUCAACGUCACAAUGGACGAACUGGUAUUGCCGGUCUCGACAGGCCAAGCGCCACAGUUCACGUCUGGACCAUAUCGUGGCCAGUCCGUCUGCGAGUUCGGCAUCCUGAAUCAGACGCAGGCGCCGUAUCUACUGGGCGAUACCUUCCUGCGUUCAGCCUACGUAGUGUACGAUCUGAAGAACAACCAGGUCGGUAUUGCCGCCACCGACUUUAACUCGACCAAGACAAACGUGGUGGCUUUUGCGAGCGACGGAGCCCCGAUUCCGUCAGCAACGGCCGCGUCCGACCAGGACAGCAAUACGCCCCCGCCCCAGGCCACCCAAUCUGGUCUUGCCGCUUCGAAGGGGUUCCAAGCAGGGAGUGACGCAGCCAUAUCAGAUCCGUUGUCCCGAGUCGGCGUGUUUGUCGUUGGGCUUACACUGGCUCGCAUAAUCGCUGUCAGUUGUUGA